AUGCCCACACAAGCAUCCCACCUCCCCACACUCCUCCGCUCCCCGACCCACCCGAUCCUCCUCCGCACCCUGGAACCCCGCGACGCGGCGUCCGUCUCCGCCGUGCUCUCGGACCCGGAGAACACCAAAUAUGACCCGCACGCCUCGGCCGUUUCCCCAGAAGUCGCCGUCAAAGUCAUCGAGCGGAUGAGGGAGAGCGCGUCGGCGCCGACGGUGCUCGACGAUGAUGACGCCGGGCUGAAAGUCGUCCGCGGACCGGGCCGCGUGAACCUGCUCAUCGUGUACGUCGACGGCGUGGAGGAUACGCUGGGGUCGACCGCCGACGAUGGAACCGUCAUCGGUUUCGGCGGGUUCGGGAACAUCCAGGAGCUCGACGAGGACGGGGAGAAGGUCCGCGUAGGUGAUGUCGGCGCCAUGAUCAACUCUGCCUUCCGCGGCCGCGGUCUCGCGACGGAGGCAAUCAGGCUGGCUGUGGAAUGGGCGUUUAAGGGGGUGCGCGAGGGGGGCUUGCAGUUGGCGAGGGUUACGGCGACGAUGAGUGACAAGAACGUCGCCAUGGUUGGGCUUGUUGAGAAGAAGUUGGGGUGGACGGGGGUGAGGAAGCCGAACGGGGAGGUGUUUUUUGAGGUUACGAAGGAUACCUGGAGGAAAUGA